CAUGGAUGAAGAUGACGCCCCUCAUCCUGAUGAUUCUGGGGGUGUCAGGGGUGUACGGUGACAGUCACUCUCUGCGGUAUUAUGUCACUGGAGUCUCCGCUCCGGAAUCCGGACUUCCUGAGUACUCUGUAGUCGGAUAUGUGGAUGAUCGGGAGAUAGUAAAUUAUAACAGUGACACUCGUCAGUAUGUUCCCAAGACUGAGUGGAUGAAGAAAGUGGAACCAGAAUACUGGGAGGAGGAGACCAGAAAAGAUCAAUUUGCUGAGCCUGUGUACAAGCACAAUGUGCGGACAUUGAUGAGCCGAUUCAAUCAGACUGGAGGGAUCCAUAUUCUCCAGAGGAUGUACGGCUGUGAGCUGAGAGAUGACGGAACCACUGCGGGGUAUCAGCAGUACGGAUAUGAUGGGAGAGAGUUCAUGUAUCUGGACACAAAGAGUUGGAUAUGGAUGCCAACCAUGAACGAGGCUCAGAUCUCCACCCAGAGAUGGAACAGCAUUGAGGUCAGAUUGGGGGAGAUGGACGAGAAUUAUCUGGAGAAUGAAUGUAUCGUGUUUCUACAGAAAUUAAUAACGUAUGGGGGAGAAGAUUUGGAGAAAAAAGUGCGUCCAGAGGUGAAGGUGUGGGGCCGCCCUCAGUCAGACGGGGUAACAAGACUUCAGUGCCUGGUGUACGGGUUUCACCCCCGAGCUGUGGAUGUGAAGUGGGUGAAGAAUGGGGUAGACCAUGUUCCUUCAGAUGAAAUGAGUUCAGUUCUCCCCCAUCCUGACGGCACCUAUCAAAUCAGAGUCAGUGCGGAAGUGCCAACAAGGGAGGGAGACACUUACUCCUGUCAUGUGGAUCACAGCAGUCUGGGGAUGGAGACUCUCAGUGUGAUAUGGGAACCUGGAAAUGGCUCCUCAAUGACUCUGAUUAUUGCCAUCGUCUGUGCUGUUGUUGCCAUCGCUGUUGGUGUUGGUGUUGGACUCUUUUUCUACAAGAAGCGGGGAGGCGGCUACAAGACCACCAAUACUUCAGAUACCAAUUCUGACUCCUCCAACAACGCGAACUCCCCUAACAACCCGAAAGCCUGAGCGUACCCCGGAGGUGUAUUAUGUGAGGACAUCACAGGAAGAGAAGAUACAACUUUUCUCUAUGCAGAUUCAGC